CUGAGCGCUGCUUCUCCGGGUCGGGGGUGGCAGGGAGACUCGGUGAGGUGGGGGAGCGUUUUCUGUGGGAGAGGGUCUCGUCUGCCCGGGGCCUGCGAUGCAGGCUGGGACUGAAGAGCCCAGAAGUCGCUGAUUUUGCUUUUGGGUAAACGGCGCCAUAGUUACUUCCCGAGAGUCGUCGGGCCAUGUGUCUGCGCAGUCACACUCCUGAGAUAUCUUGGAUUCUUAACUGAAUCUUAACCAAAGACCAGGUAGCUUGAUCUACCCUGGAAUAUGCAGAAUUAAAACUUUUUCUUACAAAAUGGUAGAGGAUGAACUGGCACUAUUUGAUAAAAGCAUAAAUGAAUUUUGGAAUAAAUUCAAGAGUACUGUCAGUGACACCUCCUGUCAGAUGGCGGGCCUAAGAGAUACGUACAAAGAUUCCAUUAAAGCUCUUGCAGAAAAGCUCUCUGUGAAAUUAAAGGAAGAAGAACGAAUGGUUGAGAUGUUUCUGGAAUAUCAAAACCAGAUCUGUAGACAGAAUAAGCUCAUUCAAGAAAAAAAAGACAACUUGUUAAAGUUGAUUGCUGAAGUAAAAGGCAAAAAGCAGCAAGUGGAAGUGCUAACUGCAAAUAUCCAGGAUCUUAAGGAAGAAUAUGCAAGGAAGAAGGAAACUAUUUCCACUGCUAAAAAGUCAAAUGAAGAGAGGUUGAAAAGGUUGCAGAAAUCUGCAGACUUGUAUAAAGAUCGACUUGGACUAGAAAUUAGAAAAAUUUAUGGUGAUAAAUUACAGUUUAUAUUCACUAAUAUUGACCCUAAGCAUCCUGAGAGCCCCUUUAUGUUUUCCCUGCACCUAAAUGAAGCAAGGGAGUAUGAAGUGUCAGAUAGUGCUCCUCAUCUUGAGUGCCUAGCAGAAUUUCAAGAGAAUGUGAGGAAGACCAACAAUUUUUCAGCUUUUCUUGCCAACGUUCGGAAAGCUUUUACUGCUAUGAUUCAUAAUUAAUGGAUAAAUAGCAUAUAAAAGCUGUUGUUUUCUUCCCUAUCAUUUAUUCUCAUUCUUCAUUCCUUGCCCAUAAUCCUUUUGUAUUUUUGUAACAUUUCUGUCAAGUAUGUUUAUUUUAAUUAAAGUUUUAGGAAAUAAAA